AUGACGGCCUAUCCUCGUAUGAAUUCGUACAGCAAAUCAGGCUAUGACCACGGCAUUGACGCCAAGAUUGUAAUUAUGGGCAACACAGGCGUGGGCAAGACCAGCCUGUUGCACAGAUAUACCCAAAAUAAGUUUGAUCCCAAGAACACAACUUCCACCACUGGUGCUCUUUUCGUCACGAAGAAGAUUUAUGUUGAUGGUAUCAAGGUUCGUCUACAGUUGUGGGAUACAGCAGGCCAGGAGAGAUUUCGUAGCAUGGCACCCAUGUACUAUCGUGGAGCCAACGCUGCGCUGUUGUUGUAUGAUAUCACCAAUGCUGCUAGCUUUGAUGACGUCCGAGGUUGGCUGGAAGAAUUGAAGAAGAAUUGUUCUCCCGAUCUCAUUAUCUAUAUUGUAGGCUCAAAAGCUGACUUGAACCGUCAUCGUCAAGUUACGUCUGACCUUGCUCGACUCUCACUUCAUACUUGGUUUCCACCACCCAGACCACCGAGUCCGCCGCCGGCGCCGACGCCCUCUACAUUCUCCUACAUCCGCCCCCGAUUUACAUCCUUCCCGAGUAUACGCUCAGCGCCUGCCCCCGUAACAAAGCCUCCAUUAUCUCCAUCACCAGAAACAGUGCAAUACUCCGACCCCAGGGCCACCGCUAUGAAACGCUCCCACACUACUGCUCUUACUCGUCCGCGAGCUAAAAGUGGUAGCCUUCUACUUCCUAGUACCAAUUUGGACAGCGCUGUCCGCCCUCCAGCCUGUCGAUUCGAAACCCAGUCCGGAUAUCGGGCCGCUGGAUGGCACCAAGUUGCAGAAGGGAGUAGUAACAGUAUGGACGAAGAUGACGACGAUACGGAGACGGAUGAUCAAGAGUGGGGACUGCACAAGGGUAUGGAACUAUUCGAAGUGUCUGCGAAAGACGACCUUGGAAUCCAGCAACUAUUUGACACUCUGAUUGCGGCAAUAAUCGCGCGGAAAGAUAGCAUAGAAGAGGAAAACGAAAUGAAGCGACGAGACAGCGUGUACUUAGCGCCCGUCAGUACGCCUGUGUGGGCUGCACAGGCAGAUGCGGAAGAGGCGCGAGAGAAGGCACAGGCGGCAUCGGGGACAUCCUGGAGUUGUUGUUCGAUAUGA